CUGGUCGAUGGCCUCAGCAGAAUACUCGUCGGCAUCGGGGGUAGAAGCAGGCCGUUCCCGCCGCUCUUUCUUUUCAUAGACGACGGGAUUGGCGUUUAUCAGCCCGGAAACCAUUGCUCAAUCCCACGAAUACAGAUAGAUGCUGCAGAGAAUUCGCUCCUCCUUCCCCUUUCAAGUUGUCGCUCUCAAUUCCACCGGCGAUUGGGCAGGACAGAGUCGCUUGCCUCGCAAAAGGAAGAGUGCGGUGGCAGCAAGGCGCGGCUCGUUGUUCUUGUGAUGCUUUACGGCCGGUUGAAUGACGCCUUUAUUUCCCGCUGUCCUUCAGCUGAUAAAGAGAAGGAGGCUCGAUCGCCUGCGAAUUGGACGGCGGCGGGCGGCCGCUUGAUUUCUAAGAACUCGGCGCGAACAGAGUAA